UAUGGCCAGCCUAUUUCAGUAAAGACUUUUAGCAAAAAAAUUGAUUCAUACAAGACAGUACUGUCAACUGUGCAACCUUACUUACGACUGAUUGCAUCUUGAAGGAGGCACUGAACAGAGAUUCUAUGUUGUCAUCUCCAAGUACACAUUGAUUUAUUACAGUUUCUCUAGGUUGGGUGCGAUGCGAUGAAGAGGAAUGUAACUUGACAAUAUUCAGAAAUAUCUGACCAAAAUUUCAGAAUCUUUCGCUGGUCCUUGCUGUGAGAAAGAAAAUGGCUGAAGCAUUGAUCAAGGCAUAUGAACAGAAGAAAUCGGCGGUAUUGUUGCGAGAAUUUGGAACAAAUUUAUUUCCUGAUAUAAAGAAAAGAAUUCAGGAUGUACAAGCGAAGCUAAAUCUGUGGCUCUCCAUAUUAAAAGAACUAGAUGCGAGAAAAAGUGAGGAGUCAAGUUUACAUUAUAACCUGGAAAUAGACACUAGAGACCUUGUUUCUAGACUUCAGAAUGUCCAUGAAAUUUAUUUCAACGAGGUCCAACUCAGAAGAGACAGAAGCAUAAUUAGAAAAUUCAUUGAUGUUUUCAAAUUCUUCUGGACGGUUGAUUUAGAGGUUAAAGAUAUUAAUUUCCAGAUACUGAUGAUCAUUGAUAAUUUUAUUACUGCAUCAGCACUCACUAAGACAGAAAAAAAAAGACCUCAAUCAGCAAAUGUGAAUCCAGAAACUGAGAACCGACAAAAGUUGAGGAAAAGCAUCUCUGACGACUCUCGAGAAAACCAUAUUGUUGGGAUGGAUGAACAAAUUACAGCUCUACAAUCUGUUCUGCUUGAUGGUAAAGAAGGAGUUACUUGCAUAUAUGGAAGCGGUGGCAUAGGUAAGACCACACUAGCCCUUAAGUUAUAUGGUAAUCCCUUCGUUCAGAACCACUUUUACAUUUGUGCUCGGGUAGAAAUUGGCCAGAACUUUAAACUAAGAAACGUUCUUCGAAGUAUUUUAGAACAGAUUCCCCAAGGGAAAGAGAGAAUAAAGCGCUCAGAGUCAAAUCUAACACUUGAAACAGUUGCAGAAUAUUUCAACAAAUAUGCGAAAGGUAUGAGAUACUUGUUUAUUUUGGAUGACAUACGGUCACUGGACGAUUGGAAAUUCUUGCAUAGAAUUUUCCCAAAUGUUCAAAAUGGUAGCAAACUACUGUUGACAACUCGGUUAAGUGAAGUAGCAUUAUCUGCGGAUGGAUUUGUUCAUGUGCAGCCUUUAGGCUCAUCUGACUCUUUGGAGUUAUUUCAGAAGGCAGCAUUCUUGGGGGACCCUGACGAGGAUAUAGCGCGCGAAGUAUUGGAUUUGUGCUUUGGCAUACCAUCAGCUAUAGUUGCAGUCAGGGAAGUUUUAGCUGCAAAGCGAACAUUAAGUGAAUGGGAGAUGGUGCUUCUAGAUAUCAAGUUAUUAAUCAGUAGAGACCUACCAGUUGAACAAAUUGUAUUGCAAAAAUCAAUUUCAGCUUUAAGUUUUGACGAUUUACCAUAUGACUUGAAACCAUGUUUCCUUUAUUUGGGCUUGUUCCCAAAGGGUUCAAAGAUAGAAGUGGAACACUUGUAUCUUCUAUGGAUGGCUGAACGCACGAUAUCACGGGCUGAUUGUCAAACUAAUGAAACUACAAUGGAUUUAGCAGAAAGAUGUUUGAGCGUUCUGGUACAAAAACAAAUGGUUGAGGUCGAAGAAGAAGAAACUCCAACUUUUAGAAAAUACAAGUCUUGUUCGGUUCAUAAGAACAUGCAAGAUCAUUGCUUACUGAAGGGAAAAGAAUAUUUCUUUAAGGUUCUAGAUUUCGGGCUCAGAACUCAGAGAAGUGCAGAUUCCGAUUCCUUCUCGUUGACUAGUAAUCCUGCACGUAGAAUGGCUGUACAUUUAGAUUCCGAUUCCUUCUCGACGACUAGUACUUCUGUUGAUCAGUUCAGAAAUGAAGAAGUUACCCAUCUAAGGUCCCUCUUACUCUUAAAUCAGUGUGAUCUUCAGACGAAGUUGGAAUGGCCUCGAAGAAUGUUUGAUCGGAAGAAGUACAGAAUGCUGACGGUUCUAAAUUUUGAACGGGUUGACUUUCAAGAGAGAGGUCUACCUAGGGCAAUGGCAUGGCCAAUCUACCUUAGGUAUCUGAGUUUCAAAGGAUGUAACCUGGGAGUGUUGCCAUCAUCAACAGGUAACUUGUCAUUCUUGGAAAUUCUUGAUCUCCGAGUUUCAAGUCAAAUAAUCAUUCCCAAUGUCUUGCGGAAGCUGGGGAAACUUGUUUAUCUAUAUCUCCCGCUCAUGUUUCAGACGCCCAAUAAUGAAAAACUGUAUUUGGGAAGUUUGAAAGAACUUGAGAUACUUGAAAACUUCGACACUGUGAUGUGUAAUGUUGCUGAUCUUUUUGAAAUGAUGAGUCUAAGACACCUGUCUACGACUGUUGAAGGGAUUUUGGGUGAUCUUGAGCAGAUUAUCAGUCGCAUGGACAUGACUUCAGAGGAUACAAGUGUCAUGUAUCCUUCCAUUAAGGUCAACAACUUAGACUGUUACACAGAAGAAAGGCAUUCUGUUUUUAGAAAACUACUCAAUUGUCAGAUUCUUCAUACCCUGAGUAUGGAUGGGCAUCUUGGACAGCUACCACCACACAAUAAAAUCACUCAAAGCCUGACUAAGAUGGUGUUGAUAGGCUCUCAACUUAAGGAAGACCCGAUGACAACGUUGGACAAGCUCCCGGAAUUGCAGGUACUAGUAUUGCAAGACGACGCAUUUGUUGGAAGCGAAAUGAGUUGUUUCAAUUUUAGUUUCAAGAAGCUCAAACGUUUAGAACUCUUGACUUUGCGUUUCUUGGAGACGUGGGUGGUGCAGAAAAAAGCCAUGCCUAUGCUUUCAAUUUUAGCAGUUAAAAACUGCAGGAAAUUGCGAAGUCUACCGCAUGGAUUACGGAAACGAGUUUCUUCAGUCACAUUUGAAAAUGACAACUAGCUAUUUCCAUAGAUGGAUUGAAGUAGAAAAGAUCAGGACCAGGUAGUUUCUUCACCAUCAUUUUCUCUCAAUCUAUAUUUUACACCUUGUAUUUCAUAUUUAGGAUAAGAACAAAAUUCGCUGCUUGGUAUGGUCUCCCUUUAUCUAUCUCCACUCUCAUUCGGGAAAAUAAAAUCUGAAGAUUGUUCAAAAUAAACAUAUUGAGCUUAUGUUUCACUUUUUGACUGCUCCAACUCAUAUAUACAAAAAACUCCUGAAAGUUAUAGCUGUUUACAUGUUGAAUAAUAGAAAAGUUGUUUAUGUUUCACUUUCUAGUUUUCUGCUGUAGUUGUUUACAUGUUGAAUAAUAGAAAAGUUGUUUUCUUCUAUGAGUUUCAAUGUUUAUAUUCACUGCAUUCUCCCAGAAACUGAAUAAUACAGACAGAACAUUUUUUUGUAUUUUACUUGUCUCCUCUGUUCUUCAUUUUCCCUACCUCUGAUGUCAAAAUAUUUUUGAAACAUUUAAUCUUGUGACUUUUGAUUCCCAGUAUUGUGGUUGCAGGAACUUGUGCAUUUAUCUUUCCGAAAGAAUACAAUGUUGCGGAAAUUACGAGAAGUGCGCGUUCCAAUUGAACAUGGAGAAUAUCUAUUACUCUUGAACCUAUGAGCCGUUUGUUCUUGUAGGAAAAUGUUAAGUUUGAAUAAAGAAAUUGUCUAGUUGUGUCUUUAAAUUUAAAAUGUUUCUUUUAUGGUUGUGCCUUUAAUUUGAAUAAAUGAAUAUCAGAAUAUGUCCUUUAAUGUAGACCUUUGUCAAUGUUGUGUUAUGAUCUAAAAGACUUGUGACAAAUGAGUUGUAUA